UCGUCUUGGGACCAGUUUCUUUCCUGUUUACACUAUGAGAAUUUCUGUAGAGUUCAAUUUUGCAAAAAAAAAAUGUCGUUUCAUUUUUAUGUUAAUCUGUUGCAAAAAAUUAAUUAUUUUAAUACUUAUCUAUAUUGCAAAUUUCUUUCGUAUGUUGGAGACAUUCGCAUAGGGACACCGCCACAAACAUUUUCCGUAAUAAUGGAUACAGGAAGUUCGUUACUGUGGGUUCCUGGAAUAGGCUGUGGACUGGAAGGAAGUGCAAAAUGUCCCAGUCAUUGUUUUGGAACGUCGUGCAAACUCUUUUUCUACGGCACAGGCUCAAGCAGUGGUUAUUAUGCUACAGACACUAUUGCAGACAUAUGCGUAAGAGAUCAGACAUUUGGAGUGGCAGGAUAUCUAUCGAUGUUUCUCAGCAAUAAAGAGUUUGAUGGGAUUCUAGGAAUGGGAUUCAGAACAAUGAAUAAAAACUACAGCCUCACUGUUACUGAAAACAUGAUUUACAAUAACCUGUUCGCAAUGCCAAUCUUUACCGUGUGGAUGACAAGCAACGAAAAUGCAGAGCUCAUCGGAGGAGAAAUAGUUUUCGGAGAAUACGAUCAUCAGCACUGUUCUACAGAGUGCCACACUGUCUACCUUGAUGAAGCGCUGCAUUGGCAGUACAAAGUUGAAAGCAUUCAUCAUAUGGUCAAAACAUGCUCCAAUUAUAGGGGCAUAACGUUACUAAGCCUCCCAGGUAAAGUCUACGCAAAGGUGUUAGAAAGG